AUGGAAGAACUUCAAGAUAACUGGGAAGAAGAGUCAAGUCCUAAGAAAGCAAAGAGAACUAUUCUUACUGAGCCUAUAGUCAUGCCCAGUUUUGAAGCUUCUGAGGAACAAGUGCAAUAUGCUAGGGAGUAUUCUGCAUCCAAGAUAGCAGAGAGGAAACGGAUGAAGGAACUGUAUGAGAAGCAAAGCGAUGAGCGUCUCAAGGCUGCAGGGUGCGUUAGCAAGUUCUACAAAACUCUCAUCUCCGAUCCUUAUUUCGUUCAAAUGCAUCUCGUGAAAUCUGCAAGAAACCCACAUCUCGCAUUAAUGUGGCAAGACGAUCUCAUGCGUGAGGAUGGUAAUAUCAUAUUUUUGUCUGUUUCUCGUUUACUCCGAAACAAGUAUACCACACCCUUUCAGAGCGGUACAUUCAACCAAUGGUGGAUUAUUGGUUUAUGCAAUGGAUUGCUAUGCUUGGUUGAUAUUCAAAACCCUGAUUAUCAUUAUUAUCUCUAUUUUUGGAACCCAGCGACUCGAACCAAAUCUAGAAACAUUUUAAUCACUUUGUCUAGAGAUUUUAAGUUCUCUUUUGGUUAUGAUAUUUUGAGUAAAACUUAUAAGGUACUAGCGUUCAUAGUGGAGAGUGUUGAUGGAACAAGUGUGGUGAAAGUUCUCAGCAUGGAGGAUGAUUCAUGGAGAAACAUUCAAUGUUUCCCUGUGCUUCCACUUUAUUGGUUUGAUCAUGAUAAGAACCAAGGUGUUUACUUGAGUGGUACUAUUAACUGGUUGGCACUUCACAAUUACUUCUAUUCAGAUUAUGAAUUUGAUAAUGUUAGUAAGAUUACUGUUGAGCAAUAUGUGAUUGUUUCGCUUGAUCUGUCCACUGAGUCAUACACUCAGUUGUUGCUACCUCGGGGUUUUGACGAGGUGCCACGUGUUCAGCCAACAAUUGUGGUUUUGAUGGACUCCCUUUGUUUUGGUCAUGAUUUCAAGGGAAGCCAUUUUGUUAUAUGGAAAAUGAAGGAUUUUCGAGUUCAAGAGUCUUGGAUUCAAUUGUUAAAAAUUAGUUAUCAGAAUAUUUGUUCAAGCCAAUAUUUAUUGAAAUUUGAAACGAUGGAGUUAUUGCCAUUGUACCUUUCUAAGAAAGGUGAUGCAUUGAUAUUAGCAAAUGAUCAAAUCGACGCAGCAUUUAUCUAUAAAUGCAGAGAAAAUAGAGGCGAGCCAAUUCAAAUUACUAAUAAAGUACAGUGGUUGUGGGCCAAGGAUUACGUUGAAAGUUUGGUUUCAACUAGUUGA